AUCUGCUCCUCCUGUCCUACUUCUUCCAGAGGUUCCAGGUCCUUCUCAGUCGUGCUCCCCCUUUUUCUUUGCAUCCUCAGAUGUUUUAUCUAAAACUCUUCCCAUUUUAUUUCCUCUGAUUCCACUUUUCAUCAGAAUUCCUGUCAGCUGAAAUAUAUCUACUCUGCUUCCUCCGUUCUUCUGUUUAAUAUUUGGAUCAUUGGGUUCUGACGGGGACCCAACGCAAACGACAAGCAAGAAUGACAGACAAAGCGGCCAUGCCUUCAGGUGGGGGAGGCGGAGAUGAUGCAGGAAACAUCAUGGCGCUGCUGGAGCGCGUGGCGGGCCUCAUGGACAGCGUGCAGACCACGCAGCAGCGUAUGGAGGAGCGUCAGCUGGAGCUGGAGAACACAGUGAAGACCAUCCAGUCCGAUGUCGUCAAGCUGACCAGCGCCCACGCCAACACCAGCUCCUGCGUCGACCGGUUGCUGGAGAAGACUCGUAAGGUCAGCCGCCACAUCAAGGACGUCAGGGUGCGUGUGGAGAACCAGAACAUCCGGGUGAAGAAGGUGGAGGUCACCCAGGGCGACCUCCUGGCCAAGAACAAGUUCAGGGUGGUCAUUUAUCAGGGCGACCAGGAGGUGAAGGCCGUUACACCCGGCAGCGAGUCAGCCGAACCCGGUGGUGGCGCCAGAGGUGAGGUGGAACCGGACAAGUUCGAGCUUCCUCCAGAGUCGGACGAGGAGUACAUGGUCGUGGAGGAGGCCGACUCCGCAGCUGCCGGCCGCAUGAAGAAAACGGGCCUGACUCGCAUCGAGAGCUUCAAAGCCACUUUCUCCAAAGAGAACAUGAGCAAGACCCGCGACAACCUGGGCACCAAGGUCAACAAGUUCGGCGAGCGCAUCGUGACGGCUGAGAGGCGUGAGAAGAUCCGUCAGUCCGGAGAGAGGCUGAAGCAGUCGGGCGAGAGGCUGAAGGACACCAUCAGCAAGAGCGUCCCGGCCAAGCUCAACCUGAAGAAGGAGAGGACUGUGGCGGAGGGCCAGGAAGGAGCCGAGGGCGCUACGGACGGAGCCGUGCCCAUCCCUCCACCCAAGGGCCGCAAGGGCAGUGCGGAGCCUGCCAAGAUGGCUGCCGACGAGGGCAAGGCGGAGGAGUCGGAGGUGCCGAUGUACGACAUGAAGCAGUUAUCGUAAAUAGUGACAGAGAAGAGAUCUGGGGCGUUUUCUUUGGACUACUGUGACCACAGAGAAGGAGCAAUCAAAGUCAGUAGGGGGCGCUGCUGCCAAGCGGAGCUGCAGGAGAGAGAAUCAUAAAGUUUAACUUUAGUUUGAAAGUGACUGAAGGAAGUGGAACGAACCGGUCGCAGAUCCAAUCAGAACAGCAACUAAACUAACUCCUGAAAUCUCUGAGCUUCACGAGGUCCGGACACUGUUAUUUGAAUCAUAUUAUUAUUCAUCAGAACAUUUAGACUGUGGAGAAACAUUCAUUUCCUCAUCAUCCUCUUCAUCAUCUUCACUCUGCUGCUGCUCUCUGUUUCUACACAGGAGACAUUUCAUUGUGUGUUUGGUUUUGUAAAAUGUUUAACUCAAUGAUUAAAGUGAAAAUUUAAAUCACAGAGUAAAACAUGAAUAUCUGUGUGUAAGUUGAACUAAAUAAAAUCAUUUAUCAUAUUUACACAUUAUAACAAUUAUCUUAUCACCCAAGUAAAACAUUUAAAUACAAGCACAGGUUUUAAAACCGCUUCCUUAUUGAUUAAUUAAAAAGUCAAGAACAUCAGUGACCUCAACUGUCUGGUGUACAAAUAACAUUAUAUUUACUUUAAUAUUCAUUAACCUUUGACCUCAAACUACAGACCUGACGGCAGAGCAGACCCCUUUAAUCUGAUGUUGUAUCUACACACAGACACACACACACACACAUAAUACAUGUAUAUUUCCACAUUUCAGUUUAUUUUAUUUCAGAGUAUAUAUUACAUUUUACAGCUCGCCCUGUUGAAGCAACUAGUUUAUAGAGCUGCAUCAUCAAACUGUGUUUAUGUCUCAAACUGAAAUUAAACACUAAAGAGUUUAUUUUGUAAGAAACAUUUUCUCUGUGAUGUUUUCACACAUGAUCAGUGUGUGUACGUGUUGUGUGGUUGAUGUUUGUGAUGCAGCAGCAGCAGGUUGUCGGGUCCGACUCGUUCAAACAGGAAGAUGUGGGGAACAUCCAGGCGAGGGGCGGAGCCUGUAGAGCAGCAGGAGGCGGGACCUGACGUAUAAACUCUGCUGGGGAAAGAUCAGUGUUGUUGUUUACAGCUCGUCCACACCGGGUCGGCCCUCAUCACCAGAAGAUCUUGAAUCUCCUCGUGUUUCCAAGUGGACGUCUUCAUCUUCUACAUGUCCGGCUCCUCUUCUUCAUCCUGAGAUGUUUGUGUUCUUCAGUUUCACGUCACGUGUUAGAAACCUCAUCAACACGUCCACUCGCUCACUGGGAAGCUUCCACACGUUGUCCUGCUGGUUCCUCACAUGGACUCUGACAUGUUACACACAUGUUACCAGGAGGCUGCAGGAGAAGAUCCAGAACAAGUCCAGAGACACUGACUCAGACAUUUGUUCUCACAUCCAGAACCUCCAGAACAUGUGAGGAACACGUCAGGAACAUGUGAGGAACACGUCAGGAACAUGUGAGGAACACGUCAGGACCUCAUUUAUUUAAGAGUUUUUCUAGUGCUCUGUGUUUUUCAGUUUCUGCUGCUGAGUGACUGCAUGGCUGUAGUUUGUCAGUGACGUUCUAUCGAAGCUGUUUUUCAUGUUGAGAGAAUAAAAGUUUGUAAAUCAUUAAUCACAAACUGUCAUUUAAGGUCUUUUAUUGAUUUAAUAUUAAACACAGCCACUGUUAAGACUCAAGAACACACAGAGAAAGUGUUGUGAAGUACAUUUCUUUGUACUGACUGUUGUUUUUUCUUGUCUGUAUCUGAUUCUUCUCUUAAAAAUCGACUUCAAUAAAUAGUCUUUUAUAUUAAAAUA